AUGACGCUAGCCGGGUGCCAGCCAAUAAGAGCGAGCUUCGCGCCGCGGGAGCGCGUCCCGGCGGCGGCGGCGCGCUUGAGGGGCCGGGGAGCUAUGGCGGUUGCCGGGGUGGGCUCCCUCAGCAGCGUGGUGGGCGGUAGCGGCGGGGCCGGCGGCUCGGGCGCCGGACACGACGCGGGGGACUUCUUGGCCCGCUACAGGCUGGUGUCCAACAAGCUGCGGAAGCGCUUCCUGCGCAAGCCCAACGUGUCGGAGGCCGGCGAGCAGUUCGGGCAGCUGGGCAAGGAGCUGCGGGCCCAGGACUGCCUGCCGUACGCCGCCUGGUGCCAGCUGGCCGUGGCACGCUGCCACCAGACGCUCUUCCACGGGCCCGGCGAGGCGCUGGCCCUCACCGAAGCGGCCCGCCUCUUCCUGCGGCAGGAGCGCGAGGCCCGCCUGCGCCUGGCCUGCGCCGCCGCCUACGGCGAGCCCCUGCAGGCGGCCGCCAGCUGCUUCGCCUUCGCCGUGCGCCUGCACCUGGAGCUGGGCCAGCCGGCCGCGGCCGCCAGCCUGUGCCUGGAACUGGCCGGCGCCCUGCGCGCCCUGCAGCAGCCGGGCCCGGCCGCCGUGCACUUCGAGCGCGCGGCCGAGCUGCAGUUGCCGCUGCUGCCGCUGGAGGCGCUGCUGGCGCUCGGCGACGCCGCCUCCUGCAAGCUGCUGACGCGGGACUACGACGGCGCCUUGGAGCUCUUCACUCGAAUGCAGCUGCUGGCUCGGGAGCAAGCGGCUGGGGGCGGCGGCGGGGGUGGGCCCGCUGGGGCUGGGGGCGGCGGGGGCGCCCCCGCGGCCAGGUCUGGCGGGCCCGGCCAGCUGGGCGCCUUUCUGGACGUGCUGGUCCAGUGUGAGGUAUCCCGAGUGCUGCUGCUGCUUCUGCUGCAGCCCCCACCACCCAAGCUGCUGCCCGAGCACGCUCAGACCUUGGAGAAGUACUGCUGGGAGGCCUUCGACGGCCACUGCCAGGACAGCAGCUGCCCGCUGCCCGAGGAGCUCUUCCUGCUGCUGCAGUCCCUGGUCAUGGCCGCCCACGAGAAGGACCUGGACGCCAUGAAAGUAUUGCAGGGGGAGCUCUGGCCACUGCUCAGUGCUGAUCAGAAUCACCUGCUGCACCUGAUCCUUCAGGAAAUGAUCACCCCCUCGGGGCAGGGCAUUUGAUAGCCACCCCUCAUUGCCAGUCCCCGUCUCCCAGGCUCGGUGGUUGCUCUGUCCUCAGUGGCUCAAGGAGAACUAGUCACAGCCACCAGUCAGCAUCGAGAAGACCAAAGGAGAUCUCUCUGAACCCCUCCCCGCUCCCCCCUUCCAUGUUAGUUAGCUCUACUUUGCAUCCAGUCAGGAACUAAGAGCAAUGGGUGAGCCACUCUGUCCACCAUAUUGAACCCUUCAAACUUUUGGAGCCAUCCUUACAGAUCUGAUGAGAACAGAAUGGGAACUUCACCUCUAACUUGUUCUUGGACCGUGCUGUGCUUUCCAUUUCCCAUCCACUCCACUCCUCUGAGCUCAGAUAUUUCACCUUCUAAGGAAUUAAAUCGUUAUCUGACUAUCAAAUGUUUGAUUCGCUGGCUGGCUAGGCCUAAGUAAUGAAAUCACCUCUUUUGACUUUGCUUAAUCAGACUUUCAUUCUUUGUAACCAUCAGCUGGAGUCAAGAAAUACGGUUUAGCCUGUUCCUUUGCUGGAGAGUCACUUGUCACCCCAAUCUUGGUGUUUUCACUUGUUAUUUUGGGUUCUUACUGGUUAUGAUAGUGCUUUUUUCAAAUGCUACCUUUUUCUAGGUACCCCCUCUGUGAAAUGGGAAUAAAAAAUAAUACCCUUACCUGAAUGUUGUCUCUUGAGGUCCCCCUUAGGAUUUGUUUGUCUAAUGCACCAUAUCCCUCAUAGGCUCUAUUUGUAGUAGUUUGUUAGUUUCUAACCAAUGUGCAAGCCAAAUAUUAGUAUUUAUAGUAGGGUACCUUUCUGAAGUUAACUUAUUACAUUUAACCCCCACCUGUGAAGCUGUAGCAUUUAUGUAUCUGCAAGAUAGUAUGCAUUAAAGGUGACUUUUAAAAAUGAAA